AUGCUUGCGCUAAGCGAAUGCACAGACGAAGCUAUGUUUCGCAAACAUGUUGGAAAGUACUUGGCGAAUAAUGUUUUUCGAACAGAAAAAGCGCAAAGCGAGUCUGAAUGUAGCAUGUAUUGCCUACGCCAUCGGUCGUGUUUGUCCGUGAAUUAUAAGACUGCUGGAAAACAUAAAGGCAAAUGUGAGCUGAACAGCAAAGUUGCAAAAGAUCUAUCGUCGAAAGAGAACGGACAUUAUUCUGAAUAUGUCCAUCUUGAAAAGGUCUGGUCAAAUCAAGAAAAGCAGUUUUCACCUGACACAAAAGAACAAGUUUCUUCCCCAUCUUGCAAGGAACUGUUUCUUAAGAAUAAAUCAUUGCCUGAUGGUGUCCACACUCUACAGCAAAAUUCCUCUUCGUCACCAUAUAAGGCAUAUUGUCACAUGACAGAUAUACCAGGAUGUGGGGGUGGGGGCUGGACACUAGUGAUAAAGUUCGAUGGGAAUAAGAAUACAUUCAUUUAUAAUUCCCAACUGUGGACGAACAAGGAGACAUACGCGAUGCAAGAUGGUUUGGAAGGACUGACAAAGAAAGAAAGCAAGUUGGCUUCGUACUGGAAAACACCGUUCACAAAGGUUUGCCUGGGUAUGUCGUAUAACGGAAACAGAAAAUGGAUGACCUUCGACUACACCGCACGUUCGCUGUACAGUGUGAUCGCAGACGGCCAAUUCAGGGCAACGACCGCUGGCAGAGCUGCAUGGAAAUCCCUGAUCGCGGAGUCUUCACUGCAGUUGAACUGCAACAAGGAAGGGUUUAAUGUACUCCAAAGAAGUAAAAUCCGUAUUGGUAUCGUUGCAAAUGAACAAAAUGAUUGUAACUCGUGCGAUUCAUGGCUUGGAUUUGGAACAGCGAUCAAUGGGAAGACUUCUGGCAAUGUCGCCGCCUACUCAACGGACAACGGUGACAAAGAUUUAGCGACAUUUGCAUAUUUUCUCGUUCAAUAGUUACCUAAAAUACUUUGCGUAUUUCUUGAGUCUGGUCUCAAUUCAGAAAAUACUAGGCACUCGG